AUGAACUUUUUCAGUUGUACACUUGUUCUUGUGUUAACAUGUGCAUUCAUUCAUGUUUUUUGCUUACUACUUAAAAGAACAACAAAACCAACCUAUAAGCUUCCACCAGGACCUUCCCCUCUUCCCAUCAUAGGGAACCUCCUUGAAUUAGGACAAAAGCCCCACAAAUCAUUGGCUAAACUUGCCAAAAUAUAUGGUCCUUUAAUGAGUCUCAAGCUAGGGCAAAUAACCACUGUUGUUAUCUCUUCAUCAACAAUGGCCAAACAAGUUCUUCUCACCAAUGACAAAUUCUUGUCAAAUAGGACUGUUCCACAAUCUGUGUCAGUUCUCAACCAUGACCAAUAUAGUCUUGCAUUCACACCCAUUUCACCUCUUUGGAAGGAAUUGAGAAAAAUAUGCAACACUCAAUUACUUUCUCAUAAGAGUCUUGAUGCUAGUCAAGAUGUUAGGCGCAUGAAAAUUCGACAACUUCUUAGUGAUAUUCAUCAAAGCAGUCAAAUUGGUGAAGCAAUAGACAUUGGAACAAUAGUGUUCAAGACUACCAUCAAUUUAUUAUCAAACACUAUUUUCUCUGUAGAUUUGAUUCAAUCUAAUGGUGCAGCUGGAGAGUUUAAGGAUUUGGCGACGGAUAUUACAAAACUUGCAGGAACACCAAAUGUGGCAGAUUUUUUUCCUGUAUUGAAGAUGCUUGAUCCACAAGGCCUAAAAAGAAGACAAACAAAAAAUGUAACAAAAGUGUUGGACAUCUUUGGAGACUUGAUUAAUCAACGUUUGGAGAAGAGGGAAUGCACAAGGGUAGACACAUGCAAAGACAUGCUAGAUGCCAUGCUCAAUAUUUCUAAGGAUAAUGAGUUUAUGGACAAAAAUAUGAUCCAACAUCUAUCACUUGAUAUAUUUGUUGCGGGAACGGAUACUACAACAUCAACAUUAGAAUGGGCAAUGACGGAGCUUAUCAACAAUCCUGAAGCUAUGCGAAAAGCUAAGAAAGAGUUGGAAGAAACGAUCGGGUGCGGUGUGCCACUUGAAGAGUCAAAUAUCUCUGAUCUCCCAUACUUACAUGCAAUAAUAAAAGAGACACUUAGAAAGCAUCCACCAGUUCCAUUUUUACUACCAAGAAAAGCUGAGAGAGAUGUUGAGAUAUGUGGUUACACUAUUCCAAAAGAUGCACAAGUGCUAGUUAAUAUGUGGACAAUUUGUAAGGAUCCAACAUUGUGGGAGAAUCCAACUUUGUUCUCUCCAGAAAGGUUUAUGGGAUCGGAUAUUGAUGUGAAAGGAAGGAAUUAUGAGGUUGCUCCAUUUGGUGGUGGGAGGAGAAUUUGUCCAGGUUUGCAAUUGGCUAAUAGGAUGUUAAUGUUAAUGUUGGGUUCACUGAUUAACUCAUUUGAUUGGGAGCUUGAAGGUGGCAUGAAACCAGAAGAUAUGAACAUGGAUGAUAAAUUUGGGAUUACUCUACAAAAGGCUCAACCCCUUCGAAUUGUUCCUCUCAAACUAAGUAACUAA